AGCUGUAUUUGUUAGGAAACCAUAUAUUGAAGUUACAGAUUUUCAUUAAGUGUGGUAUAUGUCAAAAUUUGAAACGCUACUCUCUGUGGCUAAUGUAUAAUUUCAAUUCAUAAAUUGCAUUAUUUCUAACCUCUGCAUUGUAUUCAUUAUCAUUUUGAGGGUGUAUAAAAAUGAUGUACUUCUAAAAAUUGGUCUCAUAAAUAUGCUACAAGACAGUCAUAUGUUACCAAAAAAAAAAAGUAUGUUUUGAAAAUACAGUAUUGUUAGAGAGGGGGGGGAAUCAUUUAUUAAAAUCUCAAGCCUCAUCAAACUAGUGGUGAGUGCAGUCUGCUUUGAGAAUGUGCGGGUCUAGAAAAAUCUGAAAAGUGGUGUUACAAUACUCACUGCGGUGCAUGUAAUGUACAUAAAACAUCAAUGGUGCUCCGUGUACUGUUGUUAUUAUGAAAAUGAAGGGACUGAAAUAGGUGAGUCCCCACACGUUUGGACUUUUAAGGUGAAGGGACGUGCGCGUGUACGUGUUGGAGAAAAGUGUGCGCGCGUGAGCCCCCUCCCCUCCACCCCUCCUCCCUCGCGCGCACGCGCGCGUCCGCGUCCCCGCGGGCCUCUGUCGGAGCGGAGCCAAUGCUCGCUCGGCGGAGGCGUGUCCUCGAGCCGGCCCAAGACCUCCCAGAGCAUCCGCCGACGCCGUCCGGGGCUCUAAAGCCCGCAGACCUCCGAGGCGGCCGUCACUUCUCCGAGUCGGAGCCAUGGCGACAACAGCUCAGUACAUCCCGCGGAAUAACUCCUUGCCCUCCAACCCGCUCAUGCACCCGGACUCGGACCGCAUGCACCAGGGGACCACCUACCGGGAGGUGCAGAAAAUGAUGCACCACGAGUACCUGCAGGGGCUGGCGGCCACCAACACGGGACACCCGAUGAGCCUGACGCACCACCAGUGGCUGCAGCCCACGUCCAACAGCGACUGGACCACCGGCACGCACCUCGGCCAGCAGGAGCACAAAGGCGGCGGCGGAGGAGGCGGAGGCGGCGGCGGCGGAGGCGGCGUGGGGGCGAGCCGCGAGGACCUGGCCGCCGGCUUCCACCACAGGUCCCACCUGGUGCACCAGCAGACGCAGGCGGCGCACCACGGCGCCUGGGCUCCGGCCAGCGCGCACCACCUGUCCCCGCUGUCGCCGGCGUCGGGCGGCGGCGGCGGCGGCGGCGGUCACCAGGCUCUGGUCUACUCGCAACCCGGAUACACGAACCUGAACGCCAUGCUGGGCAGCCCCCAGCCGGGCGCCCUCCACCACGGCUUGCGCGAGCCGCUCCACGACGACGCGGCGGCGGUGCACGACGGCCACAUGGAGUCCCCGCAGCAGGCGUUCGGCCACCACCAGGACCACUCGGACGAGGACGCGCCCAGCUCCGACGACCUGGAGCAGUUCGCCAAGCAGUUCAAGCAGCGGCGGAUCAAGCUGGGCUUCACGCAGGCGGACGUGGGCCUGGCCCUGGGGACCCUGUACGGCAACGUGUUCUCGCAGACCACCAUCUGCCGCUUCGAGGCGCUGCAGCUGAGCUUCAAGAACAUGUGCAAGCUGAAGCCGCUGCUGAACAAGUGGCUGGAGGAGACCGACUCCAACACGGGCAGCCCCACCAACCUGGACAAGAUCGCCGCGCAGGGCCGCAAGCGCAAGAAGCGCACGUCCAUCGAGGUGGGCGUCAAGGGGGCGCUGGAGAACCACUUCCUCAAGUGCCCCAAGCCGUCGGCGCACGAGAUCAGCACUUUAGCCGGCACGCUGCAGCUGGAGAAGGAGGUGGUGCGCGUUUGGUUUUGCAACCGGAGACAGAAGGAGAAGCGCAUGACGCCCGUGGGGGUCCCGCAUCCCAACAUGGACGACGUAUAUUCCCAAGCGGAGACCCCCCCGCUGCACCGCUCGCUACACAGCCCCGUGCAGUGACUUGA